GAGGAACAAAAGAAACGUGUGAACAUGGUGCACGCGGAAGCUUCUACCUUCGCCAAGGGGAUGAGCAAGAAGGAAGUGUACGCGCAGGUGCUUGAGCAAGCGAAAGCUCUAUUCGAAGGCCAGCGUAACUGGGCAAGUAUCUCCUAGCCUGGCUUGUUCACGCCUAUCUUUUAAGUACCAAGAAUGCUAACAUCCAUACAGGUCUGGUAAGCCCCCCUCCACGCCACACGAAGCAAUCGUCCACCACAAUGCCGAAGUCACGUUUCCCUACUUACGCGCAAGCAAGCAAUUUCUCCAACACGGCCUCUUUGCUCUGGCACGCCUACCACUCACUACCCUCACCCUCCUCCUCCGUGAACUGGGCUGGCUUCUACUUCGUCGACCCUUCGAACCCCUCUCAACUCAUCCUGGGGCCCUUCCAAGGCCAGGUCGCGUGCCAGACGAUUGCAUUUGGCAAAGGGGUAUGUGGAACCGCUGCGCAGACUAAGAUCACGCAGUUGGUCGAGGAUGUGGAGAAGUUCCCGGGGCAUAUUGCGUGUGAUGGGGCGAGUCGGAGUGAGAUUGUUGUGCCGAUUUUGAAGGAGGGGAAGGUGGUGGCUAUUAUUGAUGUCGAUUGUGCAGAGGUGAAUGGGUUUACGUUGGAUGAUCAGGCUGCGCUGGAAGAGUUGGCGGAGUUGCUGGCGCAGUCUUGUGACUUCUGAUGCUUCAGCAGAGAAGGGGAGCACCGAUUUGAUGGUGGAUACGGCUCACUAGGGAUAGAACCAGCGCCAUGGGACCUGGGGUUUAGGAGGUUCUAAAAAAGAGGCGAGGAAUUGCUUUCUUCGUUCAGCCACGAACGUGGUGGCACACAUUAGGAAUGAGUCG